UCUGGGCCUCUUUAGGCACCACAGACUCUAUUUGUGGGAGUAGAUGUACCUAUUAAUAAUAAAUGUAAUGGGCAGCAGCCCCUGAACUGUAAAUGUAGGCUUGAAACUGGGCUGGUUUAUUUUUCUAACCCCUAAAGAAAGGUGGGUUUGACUGAACAUAAUGGCUGACCACGAAGAAGCAGAGUUGUCUGAGUCGCUACAGAAAGAGGACGGGUUCUCCAGUGAGCUAGAGGAACCAGGUACAAACUUCAAAUCGAAAAGUAUGCCUAUUUUAAAUGACGCAGCACCUCAAAAGGAAACCUUACUGGCUAGUUCUGUGCGAAUGUCCAUAACAGUGGAAGAGAGCGCAGAAUUCAUCCAGCUCCCGGCCAAAACCGAGUCCUUCGAGGCAGAGUCCCCAACCAGGACAAACUACCUACCCAAGCCAGGGAAGUCGGCGCUCAACAGGCCGAGCUCGUACAUGGAGAACACGGAGAUCCGUAGGAGUAAAAACAUUGCAAGGAGGAAGCCCCCGGGGUUUUUUGCUUCCAGGCUAGCACAGAUUCGCCUGCCCAGUAGGAAGUACCUGGGCAUUAUCUUACAGGACUCACGCUGCUUCCUUUUCUGCAUGUGCUACCUGACAUUCAUCCAGUCGCUCAUGGUGUCGGGCUACCUCAGCAGCGUCAUCACCACCAUAGAGAAGAGGUACAGCCUGAGGAGCUCUGAGUCAGGCCUCCUCGUCAGCUGUUUCGACAUCGGGAGCCUCCUGGUGGUCGUCUUCAUCAGCUACUUUGGUGGGCGGGGCCAGAGGCCUCGCUGGCUGGCGGUAGGUGGGGUUUUCAUUGCCGUGGGUGCCGCCCUCUUCUCCUUACCUCACUUCAUCUCCCCGGCCUACCAGAUCAAGGAGGUCAACUCAUCUUCCGGCAAUGAGGGCCUGUGCAUGAACAGCAACGCCAGUGGCAGGGACCGCGUCGACAUCACUUCCUGUCCCAGAGACCAGGAGGGCAACGAGCACAACCUGUACGUGGCGCUGUUCAUCAUCGCUCAGAUCCUGGUAGGCAUGGGAUCCACGCCCAUCUACACGCUGGGACCCACCUACCUGGAUGACAACGUCAAGAAGGAGAACGCCUCACUGUAUCUAGCCAUCAUGUAUGUGAUGGGAGCACUGGGCCCAGCAGCGGGUUACCUGCUGGGAGGAGUCCUCAUUGGUUUUUAUGUGGACCCCAAGACUGUUGUCAACAUUGACCAGAGUGACCCCCGCUUCAUCGGCAACUGGUGGAGCGGGUUCCUGCUGUGUGCCGUGGCCAUGCUGCUGGUCAUCUUCCCCAUGUUCACCUUCCCCAAGAAGCUGCCGCCCCGACAUAAGAAGAAGAAGAGGAGGAAAAAGCUGAGCCUGGACGACCUGUCUAGCGACGACGAUGUCCUUAAGGAGAAGAGCAACAACAAGAGCCAGACGGUCACCUCCUCCAUGGGCUUUGGCAAGGACAUUAAAGACCUGCCCAAAGCAGCAGUGAGGAUCCUCAGCAAUGUGACCUUCUUGUUCGUUAGCCUGUCCUACACAGCAGAAAGCGCCAUCGUCACCGCUUUCAUCACCUUCAUCCCCAAAUUCAUUGAGUCUCAGUUUGGCAUCCCGGCUUCCAAUGCCAGCAUCUACACCGGCGUGAUUAUCGUACCCAGUGCCGGCGUCGGCAUCGUCCUGGGCGGCUACAUCAUCAAGAAGCUGAAGCUGGGAGCUCGCGAGUCGGCCAAGCUGGCCAUGAUCUGCAGCGGAGUCUCACUGCUCUGCUUCUCGACACUGUUCAUCGUGGGCUGUGAGAGCAUCAACCUCGGAGGAAUCAACAUCCCCUACACCACCGGACCGACUCUCACCAUGACCCAGAGGAACCUGACAGGAGGUUGUAAUGUGAACUGCGGCUGUAAAAUCCACGAGUACGCUCCGGUCUGCGGCUCCGAUGGCAUCACAUACUUUAACCCCUGCUUGGCCGGCUGCAGCAGUGUGGCCAAUGAUAGCUCCGGGAUCCGUAACUACUCAGACUGCGCCUGCGUCCAGAGUCGGCAGGUCAUCACGCCGUCGUCCAGCGGUCAGGGCAGCAACCAGCUGCAGCUGGUCAUUGUCAAGACCUAUCUGAACGAGAAUGGCUACGCCGUGUCAGGGAAGUGCGACCGCACCUGCAGCACCCUCAUCCCCUUCCUAAUCUUCCUCUUCAUCGUCACACUCAUCACUGCCUGCGCCCAGCCCUCCGCCAUCAUCGUCACCCUCAGGUCUGUAGCGGAGCAGGAGAGGCCGUUCGCUCUGGGAAUGCAGUUUGUUCUCCUCAGGACUCUCGCCUACAUCCCGACACCCAUUUACUUUGGCGCCGUCAUCGACACCACCUGCAUGUUGUGGCAGCAGGACUGUGGCGUCCACGGCUCCUGCUGGGAGUACGACGUCACCUCCUUGCGCUUUGUCUACUUCGGCCUCGCAGCCAGCCUCAAGUUCCUUGGCUUCCUCUUCAUCUUCCUCACCUGGUACUCCAUCAAGUACAAGGAGGAGCGGGUGGAGCGCUGGCUCAAGCGCCACCUGUCGCCCGUCGACACCGUGGGCAGCCUCGUCUGCCACCCGGGUGGCCACAAGGGCCACGCCCGCACCCGCUCCUGCCCCGUCAACAUCCCACGAAGCGACCCCAACACACUGCCUGCUAACGCUCCGCCACGCGCCGGCGCCCUCAACCGUGGCGUCAGCACCCAGAGUUGCCCUGGCAACGAGCUAAAAGCAAUAACUCCAACCCCUCCAGGUGUGCCAUCACCCGCAGCGACACCCGCCCCCGCGCCGGCCCAGUCGCUGGAACAUGUUUCGGUGCGAGUCUGA